AUGAGUUCAGAGAAUCCAACAGCUGGCCACCCCGCCAGCCCAGGAGAUGACCAUGGGAAACACCCCAGAAAGCUAAUCUUUGCACCGGGUGACAUCCAAGUAUCAACCCCUAAUGACCAAGCAACGCCUCCCCACAAGCCGGAAGUCGCUACACCUGCCACUGUCUCUCGACUUGUCGCUGAGGCCCUUCGGUCGGAGACCUCCACGCCCAACUCCGUUACCGAAAAAGAGAUCGUCUCCCAUCCCGCUCGCGCGCAUCAGUUCGUGACCAACCCACCGCUCACUGUCUCCCAGAUGCACCCCACCAAUCCGCUUCAUCAAUUCCAUACCUGGUUCCGCGACCCGCGAUUGUCUGCGUCGUCGGCCCCGGAAACAUGUACGCUGGCUACGGCGUCUUUGCCCUCCGGCCGGGUGAGCGCGCGCGUUGUAUAUCUGAAGGAGCUUGACGAGCGAGGCUGGGUAGUUUACAGCAACUGGGGCAGUCGGCAAGGGAAGGGCGCACAGGUCUUUGGCACUCAAGCAGGUGGAGACUGUGUUUUGGGUGCCAUGCCCGAGCCCGGCGCAGAUGACGACGGAAUGCCACAAGGCAACAGAUGGGCCGCCCUCACAUUCAGCUGGGGAACUACCGAACGGCAGAUCGGCGGCUGGGCCAGCUGGCAGAGCAAGGUGCUCUGGUCCGCAGAGCCGGACAGUCUGAUCGAGCGGCGGCGGAAGAGCCUCGCACAGGAUGUGUGUCCCCAGGCUAUUCCGGGUGACGUGGAUGAAACGGAUAUCGAUGACGGCCGGGCGCUGCUAGAGAAGCGGGUACGGGAAAUGGAGGAGAGGUUCGCCAAUACGGAGCAGAUCCCAUUGCCUCCGUUUUGGGGCGGCGUGCGUCUGGUGCCGGAGUCGGUAGAGUUCUGGCAGGGACGGCGCAGUCGACUGCAUGAUCGCUUCCGGUAUGUGAGGGUGCAUGACUCGCAGAGUGACUCGUAUAAAUGGCGGGUUGAACGACUAUCGCCUUAG